UUCAAAUCAAACUCUGGGUUCCUAAACUUCCUACAAACCAAUGAUUGAAGGGUGAGAUUAUUAUUAAAAUGGGGUGAGGAUACACUUCUCUUCAACAGUGGAUUGAUUCCACUACCCACACUCAGUAAGAAAAUAAUAAAAUAAAAAUGGUGUAAAGUAAAGUGUAUGUAUUAUAUUUCGAGCUCAAAUGGUUAGUUAAUAUAUGAUUUGAGGUAUAAUUAUCAGCAGUUAACCAUGCUUAAGUGAGAAAGUCGGAGCUUUUUUUCCUCUGUUAUGUCACCCCUCACUCGUCACUGGUCACUCUAAACAGUAUCUGAAGUACUUGGGGAGCGAGAGAGUCAGAGAGAGAGUUUUUUAAGCAAAGGAAUCCUUGUUGUUUGAUGUGUGUGAAGGGAAACUAUCAUACGGAGUGAUGAAUGGUAGACACAGAAAAGAAAAGCAAAAAAAGAUCUGCUAGUUGCCACUCUAAGCGACCAGAGGAAAAGAGAGGAACCAUUUGAAGGACGAAUCUUUUGGUUUCUCUCUCUCUCUAAAAGUUUUCAACUCACUCUCUCUCUCUUUCUCUCUGAGCUCGAAAGACUUGGAUUUGGUGAGGCAUCGGCGUAGUCCUUAAGUUACUCUUUCGGUAGAAAGUACAUCGCCUGGUGUCACAAUGGUUUCAAGGUCUUACUCUAACCUCCUAGAUCUUACUUCUGGUGAUUACCCGACUUUUGCUCGUGAGAAGAAGAGGCUUCCUCGUGUGGCAACUUUUGCUGGAUCAUUGUAUGAGGCAGAUGAUGACAACUGCAAUAGCGUUGGCUCGGAUGCUCCAUCGUCUAUCGCUCAAGAAAGGAUGAUCAUUGUAGGAAACCAGCUUCCACUUCGAGCGCAUCGAAUUUCGGAUGGUGGUGGCAAGUGGAGCUUUAGCUGGGAUGAGGACUCGCUUCUCUUGCAACUCAAAGAUGGCCUUACAGAUGAUGUAGAAGUCAUUUAUGUUGGUUCUCUUAAAGAAGACAUUGAUCCCAGUGAACAAGAUGAGGUAGCCCAAAUUUUGCUUGAAAGCUUCAAAUGUGUGCCAGCAUUCAUUCCUCCAGAACUUUUCAGUAAAUUCUAUCAUGGAUUCUGCAAGCAGCAUCUAUGGCCUUUAUUCCACUACAUGCUUCCUAUGUCUCCAGAUCUUGGUGGCCGGUUUGACAGGUCCCUCUGGCAAGCUUAUCUGUCUGUGAACAAGAUAUUUGCAGACAAAGUAAUGGAAGUGAUUAGUCCGGAUGAUGAUUAUAUCUGGGUUCAUGACUACCAUUUGAUGGUCUUGCCAACAUUUUUAAGGAAAAGGUUUAAUAGAGUGAAGCUUGGAUUCUUCCUCCAUAGUCCAUUCCCAUCAUCUGAAAUAUAUCGAACCCUUCCUGUAAGAGAUGAACUUCUUAGAGCGCUUCUGAACUCUGACCUAAUUGGUUUCCAUACUUUUGAUUAUGCCAGGCACUUCCUCUCCUGUAGUAGUAGAAUGCUCGGUCUUUCUUAUCAAUCUAAGCGAGGUUAUAUAGGGAUUGAAUAUUAUGGUCGCACUGUGAGCAUUAAGAUUCUUCCUGUUGGAAUUCAUAUUGGCCAGCUCCAAGCUGUGAUGAAUCUUCCUGAUACUGAGUCUAAAGUUUCAGAGUUACGAGAUCAAUUUAGAGGUCGAACUGUGAUGCUUGGGGUUGAUGACAUGGACAUCUUUAAAGGGAUCAGCUUGAAACUCUUAGCCAUGGAGCAGUUGCUCAUGCAACGUCCUGACAAAAGAGGUGAAGUUGUUUUGGUUCAAAUUGCAAAUCCAGCAAGAGGUCGAGGCAAGGAUGUACAGGAAGUUCAAUCUGAAACUAAAGCCACAGUGAGGAGGAUUAAUGAGAAAUUUGGACAGCCAGGAUAUGCACCAGUAGUGUUGAUAGAUACCCCUCUUCAAUUCUAUGAGCGCAUUGCUUAUUAUGUAAUUGCUGAAUGUUGUCUUGUUACAGCGGUGAGAGAUGGGAUGAAUCUCAUACCGUAUGAGUAUGUUAUAUGCCGUCAAGGAAAUGAGAAGCUGGACGAAACAUUGGAGCUGAACCCAUCAACCCCAAAAAAAAGCAUGCUGGUAGUUUCUGAAUUUAUUGGAUGCUCCCCUUCACUGAGUGGGGCAAUUCGAGUAAAUCCGUGGAACAUUGAUGCUGUAGCUGAAGCAAUGGAGUCUGCCCUCGUAACUUCUGAGCAAGAAAAACAAAUGCGACACGAAAAGCACUAUAGAUAUGUCAGUACACAUGAUGUUGCAUAUUGGGCACGGAGCUUUUUGCAAGAUCUUGAAAGGGCUUGUAGGGAUCAUGUUAGAAGGCGGUGCUGGGGAAUUGGUUUUGGUUUGGGGUUUCGAGUCAUUACUUUGGAUCCAAACUUCAGAAAACUCUCAGUCGAUCAUAUUGUUUCAGCUUAUAAGAGAACAAAAAAUCGAGCAAUCCUUCUGGAUUAUGAUGGUGCUAUGAUGCCUUCAGGUUCGAUAAUUGCGACUCCUAAUACAGAGGCAGUUGGAAUAUUGAACAACUUGAGCAAAGACCCAAAGAAUGUUGUCUUCCUUGUAAGCGGGAAAGACAGAAAGACUCUAACUGAAUGGUUUUCCUCAUGCAAAAAACUUGGGAUCGCAGCAGAGCAUGGUUAUUUUUUGAGGCUAAACAGCGAUGCAGACUGGGAAACUUGUGUUUCAGUCCCAGAUUUCGACUGGAAGCAGAUUGCUGAACCGGUAAUGAAAUUGUACACGGAAACAACUGAUGGUUCCAUGAUCGAGGCCAAAGAGAGUGCUCUUGUUUGGAACUACCAAUACGCCGAUCCAGAUUUUGGCUCGUGCCAGUCUAAGGAACUUCUAGAUCACCUAGAAAGUGUCCUUGCCAACGAGCCAGUUUCUGUCAAGAGUGGUCAGCACAUUGUAGAAGUUAAACCUCAGGGUGUAAACAAAGGUCUCGCAGCGGAAUGUCUCCUCUCAACGAUGCAACAGAAGGGAAUGCUGCCAGAUUUCGUUCUGUGUAUUGGGGAUGAUCGGUCUGACGAGGAUAUGUUCGAGGUGAUAAUGAGUGCCAGGGACGGUCCAUCUCUCUCACCAGUUGCCGAAGUGUUUGCUUGCACUGUGGGGCAGAAACCAAGCAGGGCCAAGUACUACUUGGAAGACACAACUGAUAUUUUAAGAAUGCUGCAAGGCCUUGCCAAUGCUUCCGAGCAGGCUGCUCGAUACGCUUCCCAAGAACCUCCACGAGUAAGUAUCGACGGAUAGUAAAUGCACUUUGUGCUCUGCAUCAAGAAAUGGCCUUUGCUUGAAUAACUAAUGAGCCUCUAAGCUUUCGCUGGAUAUAGAUUCGACGUACGGGAAUUGUUGUGCAUUGUUAUUAGUAUAGUAAAAAUUAGCUUUUCAGUAGACUUCAGAUUUUGUGGCGACAUUAGAGACUUAGAUUGUAUUGCUUAUGUUAGUUUCUUAUAUCAGGUUAUAGGAUUGUCUCUGUGAUUAAGCUUGAGCAUCAAAACAAAAGACCGAUUUGAAUGAGGCUACCAGGCUCAUAUUCUUGACUAAGUUGUGUAACUAGGUAUGAAAUGAAAUGUUUGAGAUUAUCAUGAUUGAGAGUUUAAGUUUUUCUUGCACAA